AUGAGCAUCGAAGGAAGUCCACGGCCGAGCGGGACCGGUGGAGACCCGUCUUUUCGUCUCUCCGAUCCAAACGCGUUCCUUCCUUUCCCUUCGCCUGUGCUGGGGUCUUCGUCUUCUCUUCCUCCCGGCUUUUCUGCGUCUUCUCUCGAGGCCUCCUCGCUGUACACCAACUGUCCACCUUCAACCUUUGAUGCUCUCCAACCCUGGAAAUCGCCUUCCUCCCCUUCGCCAGAGUCGUCUCCGUCUCUACCUCCUGCAUCCCCCUCCUUGGCGCCUACCUCCUUUUCCUCUCCCUUUCCGUCCACCUUGCCCCCGGCCACCUUUCCCCCGUGUACAGUCCCUUCGAUCAUUUCUGCUUCUCCGUCUUCUACUUCUUCUCCCUUUGCUCCGUCUACGUUUUCUUCUUCGGCCUCUCGUCCUGCCUCUGAUGUCUCUCCUUCGUUGGAGUUUUCCUCUUCGGUCUUCUCGUCCGCCUCCGUACUGUCGUCGGAAGUUCCUCGCCCCGACGCGUCUUCCUGUCCCUCGUCGUCUGGUCCGGAGCGAACGACUUGUCUCCCCGCGCGCGACUCUUCUCUUCCGACCAUCCCUCCGCCGCCUCCGCCCUCGUUUUCUUUCUUCCUGCCGUCUUCUCCGCCCUCCUUGCGCUUCUUCGCAGGCCUUCAGCACGGCACCGGCGCGUGCUCAGAACAGAACGCGUCGGGGCGGCUUCUCUCUCGCUCUCCUCCCUCGCCCUCCGACCGUGGCGAAGGCGAAGAGCGACAGGGCGGGGGCGGAUCGAGGAGCCUGACGGGGAGAGAGAGACACGCGUGGUUGACUGGCGAAGGCUGUGAGGAAGAAGACGCGGACCCGCUUCUCUCUUCGUUCGAGGAGCUGGAAGAAGGCGUUCCGUUUCCUCUCCCGUUCUGCGCGCCUCCCGAGUUUCUCUGGCACAAGCCUAGCGACUCCUCGGAAGGCUUCUGGGGAGAUGGCGGCGACCAGGAAGCAGACCAGUUCCCCUCUCUCUUCCGCGGAGACCCUCAGGUGUACAGACACCUGCUGCAUCUGCACUUUGGACAGGGGCAGGCCGCCUCUGCGUCGCCGCAGGCAAAAGGUGCGCUGGCCUCUAAUCGCGGCGGCGCCGAGGAGUCCCUAGUGCCCGCCGACCUCCAGGACGAGUACCUGGCUUUCGCCCCUGCUCCGUUUGCUGCCGCGUUUCUCUCGCCGGCGACGUUUCGGGAACGCGCAGGCAAAAUCGCACACGCCAUCGCGGAGCUCGCCGUCCCGCCGCCCCCCCAGCCUCUCCCCUUGCGCCUGAACAAGUUCAUUUCCUUCGCCAAGAAGCUCUCGACUGAGCGAGGCGAACGCCGAGCAGAAGAAACACAAGGCAGAGACGGCAGAGAAGACCGAGACGCGAGGAGGGCCCCGGGACAGAGCGUCGCCAGCGAGGAGACAGGUCCCCGCGCAAAUCAAACACACCGCCGAUCGCCUUCCGCCGCUUCUAGUCAUUCCUCGUCAUCCCCCUCCUCUUGCGUAACUUCUUCCUCUUCUUCCUCGUGCGUAACUUCUUCCUCUUUAUCUCCUUCCUCUUUUGAUUCGUGUUUGUCCGGGUAUUUCGCGUUUUUCUUGAGUGCGGGAGUGAGGGUGCCUUCGAUAGAGGAGGCGGUGGCGUGGAGCGUGGCGCGGGAGCUCGGCGACUGGCCCGAGACGCUCGACGCCUCGGUGCGGAGGAGUUUGGAGGAGGCGCUACGACACAGUCGCGCGCGGCGCUUCAACCGCUUUUCCUGUCGCGUGGCCUGGCCGCCGCUCCCCCCGCUGUGUCCGUACAGCGAAGGCAAUCUGUGGGUUGCUUUCCGCGACGCCGUCGCCUUGGCCUCGUUUCGCAAUGUCCAGGACCUCUUUCGCUCACGUUUCAGUCGGCAGGUGGAUCUCCACAACUUUGCCUUGAAUCAACACACCCUCCAGCAACGCGCACACCAGAAGAAGACUCAGGAGCGCCGGAGGCCGGCGGCCUCGGGAGAACACCCCAGCGCCUGUCCUGCCGACUCCCUGGGAAUCGCGGCACUCGGCUCGGAAACUGCUCAUCAAACCCAUCCGAGUCGCCACGCUGCCUCUGUCUCCAGGUCGCCUGUCUGUGGGUCUUCUUCGUCCCCUGUUUCCUCUGGCGUGCGGGAGUCCGGUCCAGUGGCGCCGCCCGCGGCGUGUGACUCGAGUGAGUUUGUCGCUCCUAGCGAGGUGAUCCUUUCGGUGUCUUUCUACCACGCGAGUCGCGGCGCGAAGCUCGCCUCCUUCGACCUGCUCGCGUCCCAGACGCUCCUGCACCUUCGUCGGGCGCUGCUGGGCUGCUGCGAGGGCGAGGCGGAGCCGGGCGUCCCGCUCUUCCCGGCGAGUUGUUUCUUGAUUGACGGCGUGUUGUAUCCAGACACACAGUGCGCGGCGAGUGAAACCGAGUACGCGGAAAUGCUCGCCGACCACCUGCGAGACACGGGAAAACUCGCCGUGAAGGAACGGAUCUUUUUUCGAAGCCGCGACGACGGGAAAGAAGGAACAGCAAGAGACGAAGUGGGAGAGAGGAGGAAGGAAGCGGAGCGGAGUCGCCGACGCCAAGCGAGAGUGGAACGGAGAGGACGCAUUCUGGAGAGAAGGGUGGAGAGGGUGAUGGACAGAGAGAGGGGGGUAGCGAAAGAGAGGGAGGUAUGGAUCGUCGCAGUGCCGCCUGUGAAGCGCCUGGACGGUUUUCCUCGAAGGCAGGAAGAGAAGCGACGAAACAGACGCAGCGUGCGGGGCAGUGAAGAAGAGGGAGGAUUUCGAGAGAGAGAGGACGGCGGAUGGUGCGCGGGCUGGCCGGAAGAAGUCGACGGAGGCACAGGGGCCGGGGGGCGACGCCGGUGGACACCUGGAAGAGAUCUAGGUGAUUCAGAGGCGAGGGAGGGAGAUGGAGACAGGACCAGAGAGUUUUGGCCCGGAGGCGAGGCACGCGGCGACCAUUUGUCGGUCGAAGACAGCGACGAGGAGAUGGUGCUCGAAGAAGAAGACGUUGUGAUCAUUCCCCAAGACGAAGCGGUUCUGGGCGACCUCGUGCUGCCUCUGCGCUCACCCGCGUGCUUCCUGCACCAAGGCACGUGCGAGCACCGCGUGGUGUUUUGGAACUUCCGGCAAUUUGACCCGCGACGCGACUGUACGUACACUGCAGCGUAUCCAGUGAGAACCUACAAGCCUGCCGGGAAGACGGUUGUGUGUCACGCGUGCGAGCAAAGCCUUGCUUCCAGAGGCGUCGUCAACAGCUUCCUCUGUGCGCUUCACAACCCCACGUACCUCUGUUCUGCGUGUUACCGGCUGCUCUUUGGAGACGGGCCGAGUUCGACCGCCACGCCGACGAGGCGAGCGGCAGGCAGGAAGCGCGACGGCCGCGAGGACCAGGAAAGCCCAGCGCUUGGCGGAUUAGGCAGAGAAGAAGAGGAAGACGAUGAGCCUUUUGCCGUCCAUUUCGACCUCUUUGACGGGUAG